UUCUGGUCCAACCACUUCCUUGCGCGAGUUUCACGAUGUGGCUUGACAGGUUUGGCGGACAAUCGCAGCCAUCGCCGUCCCCUCCACCAUCGCAACCUGCCAGCCGAUCGUUCUCGCCUCUACCCAGAAGAACCUCGACUAGUUUCAGUCCUUAUGUGACCUCACAACGACCAGCAAACACUCCCCGAGGGUCUAACAUAUCACUCGUAUCUAACGACUCUUCCACCUCCCUCCUAGCUUCGUCUCGCCGAGCCAAUGGUUCUACUUUAAAACAGUCCCACACACCAUAUUCUGGGCCGGAUCCUGUCGAAAUUCUAUCAAAGGUGCUGGGUAGAGAUGAUUCACGGAACGGCAAUACCACGAAGGAGGAGACCUCCAUAACGACAAAGGAUUUGGAUCUUGACUGGGAUUUUGGAGGCACAUCCUUGCGAGAUUUUGCCAGUACCGACGACGAGGAAGGCCCCGGCCCAACGCGGCGACAGACCGUCGAAGAGUACGAGAAAGACAAGUCCAAAUUCGAAGAUUUGCAUCGCUCGAUAACGGCAUGCGAUGGUGUCCUCGAUUCCGUCGAGACGAACCUCACAGACUUCCGCAACGAUCUUGCCGCGGUAUCAGCCGACAUCGAAUUCCUCCAGUCAAGGUCGACAGCGCUCACAGUUCGACUAGAGAACCGCAAAGCUGUAGAGAAGGCUUUGGGCCCAGUUGUGGAGGAGCUGAGCCUACCCCCUGCGGUUGUGUCGAAGAUUUCCGAAGGUCACAUCGACGAAUCAUGGGUCAAAACGCUGGGAGAGAUUGACAAGAGGGCAAACGCCUACAGCAAUAGCGCGUCGAGUUCGCGGCAGAGCAAAGCCUCGGCUGACCUAGGCCCUUUGUUAGAAAGACUCGUCAUGAAGGCCGUUGAAAGGAUACGGGAUUUCAUUGUGGCCCAAAUCAAGGCGCUCAGGUCUCCUCACAUAAAUGCCCAGAUCAUCCAGCAGCAGAACUUUCUUAGGUUCAAGGAGUUAUACGCAUUUCUGCACCGGCAUCAUGCCACUCUAGCCGGGGAGAUCUGCCAGGCUUACAUGAACACCAUGAGAUGGUACUAUCUCAACCAGUUCACUCGAUACGAGAAAGCGUUGCAACAACUCAAACUCCACAUCCUGGAUAAGAACGAUGUGUUGGGGCAUGAUGAUACGACGCGCAAGUCAUCGGUUCUCUCCGUCUCCAAAGGACCUGGUCCACCCCACGAUGCCUUCAACCUUGGACGCCGGAUCGACCUUCUAAAAGUCAACAGCCAAGCGGCCAUCUCCUCAUAUCUUGCGGAGGAGGACUCAUCGACACACUAUUUUGAAGUCCCAUUCCGUAACUUCAACUUGGCACUCGUCGACAACGCCACUGCCGAGUACACGUUUCUAGCAGGAUACUUUUCGCCGCCCCUCAGCAUGGCCACCAUUUCUCGGCAUUUCAACUACAUCUUUGAGCCAACCUUUGCCCUAGGACAAGCUCUCACGAAGACUCUGGCGGGAGACACCUACGAUGCGCUGGGUCUUCUGCUCAGUAUCCGCAUCAACCAGCAGCUGGCCUUCCAGCUGCAGCGCCGAAAAGUACCCGCCAUGGACGGAUACAUCAACGGCACGAGCAUGCUCCUCUGGCCCCGGCUUCAGGUUGUCAUGGACCACCACUGCGAGUCCGUUCGCCAGCAGACCAACGCUCUGCCCUCGCGUCCUGCCCGGUCCAGCGAUCACGCCAAGUUUUCGGCCGCGCCCCAUGUCAUGACGCAGCGGUUCGGCCAGCUUCUACAGGGAGUUUUGGCCCUCAGCACCGAUGCCGGCGACGACGAGCCCGUGGUGACCAGCCUACGUCGGUUGCAGUCUGAAAUUGAGGCGUUCCUGACCCGGUAUAGCCAGGCUUACGCCGGCGACAAGCGCAAGCGCGAUCGCUUCUUGUACAAUAACUACUCGCUCAUCCUAACCAUUAUAAGUGACGUGAGUGGGAAGCUGGCGGCGGAGCUCCAGGAACAAUUCGAGGUCCUCAAAACGGCUUUUCAAGAGGGGGCUUGAACCGGAAGCCACCUGAUGUUCAAUGAGGAUGCUGUCGAAGUAAAUCGGGGGUUGGUUCUUUUUGCAGGCGGGGCGUUCCGGGGCGGACUUUAAUGCACGGCACACAUUUGAAGUAUGCCGUCUUAUCUUUAACAAAGUGAAUUUUGUUUUCCUGUUUUCUGCAUUUAAAGAUGCAUGGGCAUGGUUUCAUGGUCUUGGGUCGAAUAACACGAUUGAAAGUGUCGAGGAAUUGAAGAUUUUACUCGACAGUCUGUUGUUCACGCGGUGAUCUACGGCUUCUUUGUGUGAUGGCUACAUCGUGCGUUUAAAAGUCUAAUUAAAUCAUAA